AUGGGUCGGACACGACUCGACAGCGCUUAUAGUAGCCUGGAUGUUGGUGUCUGUGCUGGAAUUUCUGCGAACCUAUCAGUAGCCUCACUGCAGAAGAGGAAAAAAAAAAAAGGGAGCCUUCAGGAGGUUGAGCUCUGGUUACAACAGUUUUUUAGAAUAAAGGAGACAUAUCAAAGCAAGUUUUUUUCUAUUUCAGAAAAAGCUGGCUGGAGAAGACUUUUGAUUUGUUUCAACCCCAGUGAAUACUACCUUUUGUUUUUAGGACUGAGGCUACUCUUAGGUUUCCUUGACAAACCUGAGGUCAAAGUUGGAGUGGAAGUGUUUCUUCAAGAGUCUGAUCCAUUGUGUAAUGGAGAUUAUAGAAGUGAUUGGACCCAGGCUGUUCGGUGGGAGAUGGUCCAGCGAAGAAGCUCCUUGAAAGCUUGUCUUGUCUUUUGGAAUCUUUCCUUCUAUAGGAAUGCAGCCCACAGAAUGAAAGAAACUGGAAAGAAAACCCUUGUCAACCUGUCUCUACAAACCAUCUUCAGUAACCCUAUUCUUCCACAUGGCUAUUUGGUAGGCCUGAGGUCCUACCCCUCAGGGAAAUUUUGGCUGAACUUUAUUGUAACCCUAUAAAAUUGGAAGAAAA